AUGUCUGAUUGGAAAAAAAUAAAAAUUAAACUUGAAGAAUUAUGCUUAGAAACUACAUUAAAAGGAGGGCAAACCUUUCGCUGGAAGCAAUCGGCCGAUAAUGAAUGGUCUUGUGCGUUAAAUAACAAGUUGAUAUCAUUAAAACAAGAUUGUAAAAAAAUACAUGAAAAGACUUUUUUUGAUAAUAAAUAUAUAGCUUCAUAUGUAUAUUAUCGUGUGUAUGGAUUAAAGGGGGAAUUGGAGGGAAACGAAGAGAAGAAUAAGGAAUUUCUUAUUGAUUAUUUUAAUCUUUCAAUUUGUCUAUCAGAUUUAUAUAAGGAAUGGAGUUUUAGAGAUAAUCAUUUUAAAAAACAGGCAGAAAGAUUCAAGGGUAUUAGAAUUAUAAGACAAGAUCCCUGGGAAAAUUUGAUAUGUUUUAUAUGUUCAAGUAAUAAUAAUAUUAAUCGAAUAUCAAAAAUGAUUGAAAAACUUUGUCAUAAAUAUGGAACGUUUGUUGGAAGAUUAGGAAAAAAUGAUUAUUAUGAUUUUCCUGCUGCAUCUAAACUUUCAGGACCUUCAGUUGAAUUUGAAUUGAGGGAAUUGGGUUUUGGAUAUCGAGCAAAAUUUGUACAAAAGACAGCAUGGAUUAUUGAAAAUGAAAGGCCGAAGAAAUGGCUUGAAAGUCUUAGAAAUAAGUCAUAUUAUGAAGCUAAAAACAGUCUUUGUGAAUUAAUGGGAGUGGGAUAUAAAGUUGCGGAUUGUGUGUGCCUAAUGUCUCUUGAUCAACCAUCUGCAGUUCCUAUAGAUACACAUGGUAUAGAUAGUUAAAUGUUUUAUCUUUUAAAUUCAAGAGUUAUAGUAUUGCAAAUUACUCAGAGAGAUUAUAGAUUUAAUAUGAAAAAAUAUAAAACAAUUAACAAGACACUUUAUGAAACAAUUGGUGAUUAUUAUAGGAAUUUAUGGGGAGAAUAUGCAGGCUGGGCACAAGGUGUAUUAUUUACUUCUGAUCUUUCAAAUUUUAAAAAUAGGAUUGAAAUAGAAAGAAAAUUACCAAAACUUAUAGAUCAAGAAGAAACAAAUUAUGACAAAAUAUCUAAAAACAAUGAAUUAUAA